UAAGUGCAUCAGUUGGAUGGGUAGUCCACUACCGGUCCAUUAGAAUCCGAAUGGAACAAUAAUAGACCAGCCCCGAUUCUAUGUUUUAGAAGCUUCCUAAAAAACCUUGGAUUGAAUAAGCCUAUAUUGGUUAGAUCAGGUCAGUAUCGACCUUGAUCGAUCCCAUUAUACAGAUAUAGAGAUAUAGUAUCCGGCUACGUUUGCUGUUCAUAUGAUAUGAUUUGGGGCGAGCAGUAUCACUUUUUGGAUCUGAUGGGUUUUGACGAAAUGUUGAUAAUCAACUAUGUCAAGAUUGAAGAGUGAAGAGGAGGGCUAAAAUGGCACCAUCUUCGUCUUCUCUGAUCGUCAACUUCCUUUGCCAGAACAUUCGUAGAAUCCAAAACCCUCAACGUCAUGGGAAAACAAUCCGAAACCUCGUCGUGAAAGGAGGUGAUGGAACACAACAAGAACCCCAAAUCGUGGAUGGAAAACUUCAGCUUCAAUUCACAGAACAAAUGGCGAUUGAGGUCUGCAACACCAUACGAACACGACCCAGAUGGGAACAGACACUCCUCUCUGAUUUCCCCUCUCUCAAUCACUGUAUGUUCGAUCCUAACUGCUUUGGAGAGAUCAUUAAGCGUCAAAACAAUGCUUUCUUAUCUUUUCGUUUCUUUCAAUGGGUCUCCUCUCACCCUGGCUUCUCUCCUGGCCCUCAAUUCUGCUCUGUUCUCUUCGAUACCCUUGUCGAAGCCAAAGCAGCCAAAGCUGCCAAAUCAUUUCUUCUGACCUUCCCAGGAUUUCAACCCCAACCUUCUUCUUUAGAAUCCUUCAUUCGAUGUCUCUGCGAUGAUGGAGCAAUCUAUGACGCUCUUGGUGUGUUUUCACAGCUCAAAAAUUUAAACUUUAUGCCUGCUCUAUCAGUUUGGAAUUCAGCUUUAUUGGGUUCUCUACGUAUUGAGAGAACCGAUCUGGUUUGGGAUUUGUAUGCUAAAAUGAUGGAAUCUGGCCUAGUGGGCGAUGUUGACACUGUUGGGUAUCUAAUCCGAGCCUUCUGUAAGGACAACAAGCUCUCCGAAGCUUAUGAGCUUCUUCGGCAAGUGAUUGAAGCUGGGCAUACCCCGGAUAAUAUUGCUUUCACCAAAUUGAUUUCUGGAUUUUGCAGAGAUGGGAAUUAUGCUAAGGUCUCAGAGCUUCUCCAUUUGAUGAUAGCGAAGGGUCGGCUUCCUGAUAUCUUUACUUAUCAGGAAAUCAUUUUUGGGCUGUGCAAGAAUGGUAUGGGGAAUGAAGCUCUCCGGGUCUUCAGUGAUCUCAAGGACAGAGGUUAUGCUCCUGAUAGGGUUAUGUACACCACAGUGAUUGAUGGUCUCUGCAAGAUGGGUAGAUUAGGGGAAGCAAGAAAGCUUUGGUUUGAGAUGAUUCAUAAAGGAUUGAAGCCAAAUGAAUAUACAUAUAAUGCACUCAUGGAUGGAUACUGCAAGGCAGGUAAUUUGGAAAAGGCCCAGGAGUUACAUAGGGAGAUGUGUGAUAGAGGAUACAGAGAGAGCACAGUGAGUUAUAACACAUUGAUUGCAGGAUUUUGUCUACAUGGGAAGACAGACAAAGCACAUCAGCUGUUUGAAGAAAUGCCCACUAGAGGUACCAACCGUGAUGUAAUUACAUAUAAUACUCUGAUUCAGGGUCUUUGUAAGGAAGGGAAAGUAGUUGAGGCUAUGAACUUGUUCAAUGAACUUAUGGUGAUGGAUUUGCAACCAUCUACUUCAUCUUAUACUCCUCUGAUUCAGGCUCUUUGUGAGGAGGGAAAAGCACAGGAAGCAAUUGAGUUGUGGAAAGAUAUGCAAAAUCGGAGUUUGGAGCCAUUGGUCUGUACUCAUGAUUAUAUCAUUACAGGAUUGUGUAAGCAGGGAAAUCCUGCAGAGGGCAUGGAGUGGUUGACGAAGAUGUUAACAAGUAAGCUGAGGCCUAGGAGGAAGACUUUUAACAGAUUGGUUGAAGCUUUCUCUUCAAAUGAUCAGUUUGAUGAUGCUUUGCUUGUUUUAGAUUAUCUGUUUGGAAUGGAUUAUACUCUUGAAGAACCAGUUUGCCAUUCUCUGAUUAGUCAACUUUGCAAAGAGAAUUUGUGUGGAGCCCAGGAGGAAAUUGAGGCGGUUUUGGGAAGAGACUGAAGCCUCUAAAGAUUAGCACAAUUGUUUUGUUCGUUUAUUCUUCAUCCCUUUUGGAAAUCUGUAACCUUUUUUUAUUUUUCUUUCCUUUUUUUAUUUUUCUUUCCUUGGUUACCAAACAUAGCCUUCGGCUUGCUAUGAACAAUCUUACAUAUCGGUAGGUGAAACUGAGCUAUUCGAUUAUGAAUCUUUUGGCACUAUAAUGCUUUGUUCUAGUGGAGAUUUUUUAUGAUAUUCAUUUCAUUUGUUUCAUUCA